CACUGAGGUAGGUCUGGUGAGCGAGGUGGAAGGGAAGGCGACGGUGGCUACGUUCUUAGAGGGAUGGCAGCCUCCCAUUCCCACGACCUGACCACCCGCCCCCCACUUUCCGAGUCCCUUCUUCACCCCAGCAUCGCAAGGGUGAAUGCAGAUGAGUCCGAGAUACAAACCUCCCUUCCUAGUCCGUUUUCCCGCUCUCUCUUAAGGUGCGGGGAAAGGCCUGAGCCGUCCUCAAGCCGGGUCUCCCCACUGUCUGGCUGCAUGCUAGCAUCCUUAAGCCCAGGGAUAAAGUGAGGGCGCAGCGGAUUCUGCAUCCUAUUUCUCUUCCUCCUCCGGAUCCUCCGCGCUUGCAGCAGCCGCGGCGCCUUUCUACUAGUGCCAGGGUGGAUUCAGUCCCGCACUCUCCCCAACCCCCUACUUCCUACACAGCCCUAGAGUAGGGCUACAACUCGCUCUCCUGGUAUCAGGGAAUUUCGGCACCCCUUUGAGGAUUUGUAGCCUCGUUGGUUUUAAAAACCAAACAAACACAAAAAACAUGUCAAAGCUCGAAGACCUCGUUUUUUGGAGUUUGGGAAAACUAGGCAGGCACGAGGUAAAUCUGUGGCUGGUGGAAACGGGUAGCUGAAGAGGAAGAAGUUCGUGUCCUUUGAGAUCGGGUCAAAAGAGGCUCUGCAGUGGGAAGUCUGCAAGCAGCUGUGUGGAAGGAGUUCCGAAUGUCAGGGCAAGAGUGCUUGGGAUCUGACGAAGAGGUGGGAAGGGGGAAGGGGAAAACUAGCUUUUUGAAAGAGAGCUCAGAAAAGCAGGUAGACUCAGCAGUGAAGUCGUGUAAGCAGCUGCUUCUCGUGUUUUUAAUGUACUUAUCUCAUUAAGGUGUCGACAGGCCUCAAGGAGCAGGAUGGAUCUCGAUGUGGUUAACAUGUUUGUGAUUGCGGGUGGGACCCUGGCCAUUCCGAUCCUGGCCUUCGUAGCUUCUUUCCUCCUUUGGCCCUCGGCGCUGAUAAGAAUCUAUUAUUGGUACUGGCGGAGGACGCUGGGCAUGCAAGUCCGCUACGUGCACCACGAGGACUAUCAGUUCUGUUACUCCUUCCGGGGCAGGCCAGGACACAAGCCGUCCGUCCUUAUGCUUCACGGGUUCUCCGCACACAAGGAUAUGUGGCUCAGUGUGGUCAAGUUCCUUCCCAAGAAUCUGCACUUGGUCUGUGUGGACAUGCCUGGACAUGAAGGGACCACCCGUUCCUCCCUGGAUGACCUGUCCAUAGUUGGGCAAGUGAAAAGGAUACAUCAGUUUGUAGAAUGCCUUAAGCUGAACAAAAAGCCCUUUCACCUUAUAGGCACCUCCAUGGGUGGCAACGUGGCUGGAGUAUACGCUGCUUACUAUCCAUCUGACGUCUGCAGCCUGUCUCUCGUGUGCCCUGCUGGCCUGCAGUAUUCAACUGACAAUCGGUUUGUACAACGGCUCAAAGAGCUGGAGGACUCAGCCGCCACGCAGAAGAUCCCUUUGAUCCCAUCCACCCCGGAAGAGAUGAGCGAGAUGCUGCAGCUCUGCUCGUACGUCCGCUUCAAGGUGCCCCAGCAGAUCCUUCAAGGUCUUGUCGACGUUCGCAUCCCUCACAACAGCUUCUACCGGAAAUUGUUUUUGGAAAUCGUCAGUGAGAAAUCCAGAUACUCUCUGCAUGAGAACAUGGACAAGAUCAAGGUCCCAACACAGAUCAUUUGGGGAAAACAAGACCAGGUGCUUGAUGUGUCGGGGGCAGACAUAUUAGCCAAGUCCAUCACUAACUCCCAGGUAGAGGUUCUGGAAAACUGUGGCCAUUCAGUGGUGAUGGAGAGACCGAGGAAGACAGCCAAGCUCGUCGUCGACUUUUUAGCUUCUGUGCACAACCCAGACAACAACAAGAAGCUGAACUGAGGCCGCUGCCACGGCCUGCAUUGUUGCACACAGCGUCUGCUCCCAUCCCCAAAACCUGACACAGUAACCACUCUCAGGGAUCCUGCCCCAAAUGCUGUCGGAGCACCAACGUCCCUGAGGAAACCAGUUGCCUAUCCCAGUAUCCUUGGUUCCAUAGAGCAUCAGGGGCCGCAAGGAACUCUCCAAGAUCCUUUUUUUCAAAAUAGAAACCUAAAUAGAAAAAAAGACAACAACAAACCACACCUAGCCAUGAAGCCUACCAGAGUCUUCACGCCACUGGCAAGCCAGUGCUAAGCAGUCACCCCGGACCGUUAUCUUCAAGGACACUUUCUUUAAGACAUUCCUCACACAUUAAACUUGAUCUCUUUUUGUUGUUGUUACUUCAGAUGUAUCCCCUGCAUGGCCAGUGGCCUUCUCUACAGGAGCUUUAGUCAUUCACUGAAAACUCUUAUUUAGAUGUAAUUCAAGUUUUACAUAGAGGCCCAAGUGUGAAUGCAUUAACCACAAGGCCAUGAAAGAGACAGCGAACUGUGGAAGAGGCUUCUGCCUCGAGGUCUAAUACACAGGAGGCUGAGGCAGAAGGAUCCAAGAUCAAGGCCUGCUAGAGGUACAGAGCGAGUUCAAGGCCAGCCUGAGCUACUGACUGGAAGAAGUAAAGAGAAAAUGUUUCUACCUUUUUUUUAAAUGUAGAAAUCAAUGUGAGGGGGCAGUGCUCCACCUCAGUCAGCCCUAGAAACCAGCCAAGCCGCAGAACAUGCAGACUGAUAUCGAGUUUGGACACCCACAGAUCAGAUACAUCUGACCGCCCACAGGGAAGAGCGCCUGACCGGGUGGGUUCCCUAGGAGUGAUUUACAAUUUAUUAAUAGGACUAAUAAAGCAAUAAUGUUCUAGACUUCCAUCUGAUCGGACGGGAGGCCCAUCACCAAGCAGCUCAUUGGCAUCCUUUCAAUGAUGCUGUUCUACUGAAAACCCUCGGAAGUAAAAUACCAGCUCGUUAAUGAAUUCUGUGAAUUCCGUGAAACAAUAUUGUGUGAUUGAAAGAAAAAAAAUGAGUCCAAACAGCUGUAAAAGAGACCACAAUAAUGUGAAAUAAAUUUACUAAGUCUAGGCUGGCAA